AUUCUUGUAUCAAUUUCUAGUCUUUUAGAGAGUAAAAAAGUGAGAAACAAAAAAAAUGACAAGGUGUUGUUUUGUGUUACUUGUAGUUCUAGCACUAACGGUUUAUAGCGUCACUGCUAGAGACGUUCCGAAGGAAAACAAAGAUACUAUUGGUCUUACGGACCAAAAGAAUGUUUAUACUUUUGGAGGAACAGGCGGGUUUAGUGGCAUUGGAAACAAUGGUUUGCCCAUGGGCGGUAUGGGAACCGGAGUUGGAGUAGGUGGUGAUUUUGGUGGUGCCAAUGGAGUUGGAGGUGUUGGUAUGGGAUUUCAAUAUGGCGGACCAGGUGGCCCGGCUGGUGGUGUGGGAACUUUUGGUGGUCUUGGUAACGGUUUUGGUGGAUUACCGACUCUCGGUGGUGGUGGACUUGGCGGUGGUGGUGCAUUUCCUAUCGGUGGUGGUGGUGUACUCCCUCAUCCUUAGGUGUAUGUUUUGUGGUCACUUGGUAGCUAGCUACUUUCCGGUUAUGAAGUUAGUUUAGUUUGUGUGAGAGGGUAUGUUUGGUUUGUUUUGUUUGUGUUAGUGUCUUUUUUUACGUCAAAAUAUCUUUGUUGUUUCUCAUGUCGUGUUCCUAGAAUAUUCGAACAUCUAUUUAUAUUAAGAAAUUUAGUUUCACUUUA